GAGAAGUUUGCAAAAUGGGUUUGCAAGUUUGCAAAAUGUCCUUCACUCCUGCUCCUGGAUUAAAAAGACCAAAGACUAGUUUCAUUGCUUCAGGUUUUAUUGUAGCACUGUUUACCGUCAUCUUUGCUUUGCCAGAUCCUCUCUCAGCUGACCCCUGCUACAACUACACUGUGCUGAAUAAUGCUUGGAGAGCCACAGACACUUCUUCUUCCCCCCACAUGUGUGACAGAGAUGUCAACUGGGUCGGCUGGUAUCGGCUUUAUCUUAAUGGCCAGAACGUUCGAAUGCCAGAAACAUGUGUUGAACAAAAUCGAUGUGGUACACAAGUCCCACUGUGGCUCAGUGGUGGACACCCGAAACUUGAGGAUGGAGUGGUCACCAGAGAUGUUUGUGGUCACUUUGACUUUUACUGCUGUUAUUACCACUCAUUUCCCAUUCGAGUCAAAGCCUGUCCAGACAAUUAUUAUGUCUAUGGGUUUGUUACACCAAUUUACACCCACAGCUGUUCUGCAUACUGUGCAGAUGUUAAGAGCAAAAACACCACCAAUUUCACAUCAGUGAUCAGCUCUACAGACCCCUGCUACAACUACACUGUGCUGAAUGAUUCAAGAAGAUCCACCAGCUAUUCUUCUUCCCCCUCCAUGUGUGACAGAGAUGUCAACUGGGUCGGCUGGUAUCGUCUUUAUCUUAACGGUCAGAACGUUCGAAUGCCAGAAACAUGUGUGCCAACAUACAGAUGUGGUACUGAUGUUCCACUGUGGCUCAGUGAUGGACACCCAAAACCUGAGGAUGGAGUGGUCACCAGAGAUGUUUGUGGUCACUGGAACAAUCACUGCUCUUAUUACCGUUUACUUUCCAUUCGAGUCAAAGCCUGUCCAGACAAUUAUUAUGUCUAUGAGUUUGUUACACCAACUUUACACUGCAGCACAUAUUGUGCAGAUCAUGUCUCUGUUGACCCCUGCUACAACUACAUUGUUCUGUAUGAUUCAAGAAGAUCCAGCAACUAUUCUUCUUCAACCCUCAUGUGUGACAGAGAUGUCAGCUGGGUCGGCUGGUAUCGUCUUUAUCUUAAUGGCCAGAACGUUUGA